GAGCGGGACACCAUGCCACGGCCGACGUCGGACGCGCUCUUCCUUCCAAGCGCGAAUUGGUACUGCUCUCAACUUGGAGCGUGGGGACACCUCCAAGACGCGUCGUCGUUAACUUACUUUCUUGCAUAUGGUUGCAAGUCACGUGUUGCAAUCUACAAGGUGGAUCUUUCUCCCGAGGGCACUUUUUCCCCACCUCAAUUUGUCGCCGACAUGGCACGCGGCAAGCACGACAAGAAGGUCACGUCAGUGACAUUUAUCCACGGAACGUACAGCGAGCUAUUGUUGGUGUGUGCAGGCGAGGAAGGGUCGAUUCAAAUCUGGAAUGCGUUGACGCUCGAGCUUGUGGACCACCACAAGAAACACAAGACGGCAGAAGUGAUGGCGAUAUCUUCCAAGGACGACAACGUCAUCGUGGGCGGGGACAGAACCGGCGUGCUCAGUGUUUGGACGCGCAGCUCGGGACACAUUGGCUUGCAUACUCCGAUUCCCAGCGAUUGCAUCUACAGCAUCGCCGUUUGUCCGCAACGCAAGCACCAUGUGGCAGUCGGGUACCGCAGUGGAAAACUGCUUGUCUUGGACAUCAUGGACGGUUCGAUCGUCGCGCGAUUGAAAGGCCAUGACGAAGAAGUCCACGCCGUCCAGUGGCGCCCAAAUGCCACCACCGACUCGCCCGUGCUCGCGUCAUCGUCACGGGAUAAACGCAUUCGCAUGUGGGAUGGGACGUCGUGGGAGGAUGCACAGAUGUUGCACGAAUGGACGUUGCCUCGACCCAAGAAAAACAUUUCAACUCACCAGCUCGGCCGUCUCUGGCUCACGUUUUGCUGGAUUCCGUCGUCCAACUACGGCAUCGUAUGCAGCUCGGUCACUGGUGACAUGCUUCGCUUUGAAUGGACCCCCAACCAGAAAAAAGUAAGCGCGCCAACGGUGUUCAAGCACAGCCACACGCGGUUGAUCUUCAACAUUGUGCCAUUGGUUGUAUCUCGAACAAAUGUCCUGUUGCUGUCGAUUUCGAUGGACCGAGACGUGCGACUGACGCAUCUGGCGUCCAUGGAGUGCCAUGCCAAGCUUGUGGGGCUCGGUGGCCAUGUGUACGCCCUCCAGCGCCAUCCAAAGUCGGCAGUCGUAGCCGGAGGGAUUGGCGAUCAAACUAUUCGCGUGAUCGACUUGACCAAGCCCGAGCUCUCGUCACAACUGCUGUGGAAGGGGUUGCAGAGCAAGGUGACCGCAGUCGCGUGGCAUCCCAUACUGCCCUCGCUUCUGGCGUAUGGCACAGAGGAAGGGCACAUUGGUCUUUACAACGUACAAUCGCAAGACCACACACGAUUCAAGACCCAUCACGGCGGCAUGGUCCGUCAAGUCCACUGGAUCAUCGAGCGGCCGACAACGCCCGCGAACGACACGGCCGACGUCUGGAUGAAAAGCUUGGAAAGCAUCGAAAAUGGCGACGUAGCUCUGGACGAAGCCACCUUAGACACAGCCGCGCCAUCGACGUCGUGCGUGUUGUGGAGCUGUGACGUCGACGGCGCGGUGUACGCGUCCAACCCCGACACCCCGGAAGCAAAUUCGAUCAACAUAAACAAACGACUAAGUGUGCCCAAGGUAACGUGUGUGGCGUGGCAUGCCGACGCGUCCACUGGGGCGAUUGGGACUCCUGAAGGCGCUGUGGCUCUCGUGACUUGCCAAAGUUCGGCCUCCUGGACGACGCUGCAUUCAUAUUACGACCAUUCCAAGCCUGUCACAGCUCUCGCGUGGUGCGUGCAGUCGUCGCUGUUGGCAACAGCUUCCACCGAUGCAUCGAUUUGCGUAUAUGCACUUCAAGGUGGCGCCGUGUCUCCCAUGCAGCACCGCUUGACGGGUCACGGCGGUGGAAUUACAUGCUUGGACUGGUCGGCGUCGGGGGCGUUCCUAGCGUCGGCUUCGUUGGACGGCACGGUCCAGGUGUGGAAAGUUGGGCACACUGAUGGCUUCAACUUCAGGGAACACUGCGGUCGCGUCCUGGCAGUGACGUGGGUCGACGACACGAAGUUAGUUAGUGGCGGCGAAGACCAGACGAUUCGAAAAUGGGCGUUUGCCGACCAAGUCCACAGCAUGCCACCCAAGCCGAAACCAACAGCUGAGGCAACUCCAAUCUCGAAAUCUACUGCCGCCACCCCCAAGAAGAAGGACCACAAAACUGUGGUGAUGAAGGCAGCAUCCACGAUGUUUCACCAGCAGUCUGGAUUGGCAGCAGAUAUUGGCAAUGCACAGCCGGUGACAGACUUUCUGCGAGACGAACAAGAUCUAUACGAAGCGGAAGGGGACGUCGAGGCUUCCGGGCGAGUCUUGCUGCUGCAAGGACGCAUUGGUGAAGCGCUUCGAUUGGUAGCCCGGCAUGGCAAGCUGGGCCCGACCUGGCUCAUGCACGCUCCGUUGGCAGGCUUGGAUAUGUGGCGGGAAUACACGCGAUUGUAUGCCAACCAAUGCCGCGAAAAACGCGACUUUUGCGAGGCCGUGCUGGCGUUCCUGUCCAUUGGAGAGGUUUACGCGGCCAUUGAAUGCUUUGUCAAAGGAAACAUGUGGCUGGAAGCGCUCAAGUUGAUCGAGCUGCGGUGUGCACCUGCAGACCCCAUUGUUGAGGAAACGAAGCUGCUCUACGUCGCGCACCUGAAAUCGCUGGAAAAGUGGAGUGAAGCUGGACAGUUCCUUCAAUCGUUAUCGCUUGUCGACCAAGCAUGUGCAUGUUAUCUGCACAGCAACGACGCGUUGGGACUUGCCCUGGACCUUAUGGACCCCAUGACGACAUCAGCGAUGACACUAAUGGAUACAGCGACCCGGGCGAUACUUGGCUGCCAUUAUGACGUGGCGCAACGAGCGGUGGACAUGCUGUCUUCAACGCCGCACAGAGCCGAGGCGUUGUUGCUUCAGGUGUAUGUGUUUUACAUUCAAGAGUACUUAUCCCCGAUGUCAUCCGAGUGGAAUGUCGCGGACACUGCAUUGCUAUGGUCCCUUGCCCGCGACGGCAAGCGACUAGUGUCCUUGCCCUGGUUCUUGCAGGACUUGCUUCGGCAUCACGCGCCAAAGUCGGAAAACGUGUGGUCCCGAAUCAUUCUAUGCGUGCAAUCGUUGGACGGAGUGGACGAUAUCGAAGAUUCGUUUGGAGGAGGACGGCUUGAUGACAAGUUUACCAAACUAAUGGAGGCCAAUGCUACAACGUACUGCGUGGUAAAGGCUCUUUGUCGCAUGAGUCUUGACCUCGUCCAAGGGAAUUUAAUCGGAGCGUUUGAAGCGUGGAGCGCAUGCCUCGAGCAAGUGACUCCUUGGACAGCAGACAACAACGGAGAGCUGCUCAAAAUUUGCAGUCUCUUGUUUCCUAGUGGAGUGGACACCACUCCACCACUCGUGGGCGAGCUCGCCACCGACCCAACUUGCGCCAACGAAUUGUGGGCCCACUUUUUCCUCUUCCAAGGCGUAGCAUUCAGUCGCAGCCUCCGCGCCGCUGCCUCAGUCAAGCUCGAGUCCGAGGAUGAAGAUAACAAGCGCCGAGAUAUGAUCCAAGGAGCGCUGGUGUUUAUGAUCCAAUGGAUCAACGAAUUGCUGCCAGCGUCGUACUUGGUCGCGUUGGACGCGUCUGUGGUGCACGUGGCGCAAUCGGCACUCAACGAUCUCUCCCUCCUGUACCACCAGCUCCUUGAUGGCACUCGCACAUCGCCGUCCGAUGGACUGGAAUGCCCCGUCAAGGCGGAGACGAAUGCGGUCGACGCCGUGUGAGCAAAGUCAAAGUCAAUACAUGCCUUUAUUAUACAACGUUAUUGAAGCAAAUGGAAUAAAUGGCUCAAAGACGAUCUUCUCGUCACGCUGGCGGCUCAUGGCGGGGUUAGCCGUCUAAUAUCGAGUCCAUGAAGCUCUCUUCGUCCUUACUUAACAUGGAGUUUCCCCGCGGAGUCCAGUCCAUGGCACCACCGUCAUCGUCGACGGAUUUCCCACCGGCCACGGGGGCGCUGGACAGCAGUCGACGGGAUGCCGUGACUUCACCCAGUCCCGCGCCCAACGCCGUCGGCGUCUGCUGCACCGUUGCGGGGCGGUCUACGGUCGGGGGCUCGACCUCGACAAAGUUUUUCUCGAGCUCCUUGAGGGUUGCCGGCUUGACGUCUUUCAGGCGCUUCAGGACGCGGAUCUUUCCAAUCAGCCGCUGGGUACACAGUGCGACGUCCAUCGCAGCUUUCCGAACUUUCUCGUUCGAGUGAGCCAGAGCCGCCGCUACGGCGUUCAACACGAGCGUUGAGUUUAUGUUGACGCCAGGGAUGUCGGUCGUGGGGUCCGACGUGAGGCCAAACUCGGGCACGAGAAGGCGAAGGACCUGCAUUUGGACGAGCGGCUCGGCGUCCUUGGCAAACACACACGUGACAACGCAUUGCAUCGUGUGCGUGUUGAGUCGGGCAAGCUUGAGGAUUGCGCGGCAGCUUCCUUUGGACGUCCGGUUGUUGGGUUUUUGCAUGCCGCUGAGCAGCCGCAUGAUCGAUUGCAUGGUCAAGUCCUUGAUGGGGGUAUCCCGCCAGUCGAUGUGCGCGCCGUAGGUCUUGAUCAACGUCGAGUAAAAGUCGAUUGCUUGGUUCACGACCGGGGCGAUCGAGUCAUUGAGCGAGUGGUAGAUCAAGCCGUUGUACGCGAGGUACUGCUGCUGCGUGUGGCUCCCGAGCACCGGCUUGACAUCUCGCAGCUCUGACUUGUGGUCGUCGACAACCUUUUCAAUGUCGACAAGCGCUUCUUUUCGAUCGCUCCACGUUUUGCUUUCGAGUUUUCGCCACGCCACGGGCCCGGCUACCGUCUCGGCCUCCCGCAUCACCGUCGCAAGCAGCGUCGUCACGCUCGCGUCAUCGUCUUUAGGCACGUCAAACAACGCGAUCACUUCGUCUCCGUCUGGCAUCCCAUCCCCUGAAGAGGAUUCGGUUUGGUUCGCUGACGGGGCUUGGCUCGCUUUGAGUUCUUCGAUCCGACGUUGCAAGACUUUGAGCAUGGCGGGCUUGAUGCCAGUAAGCGAUUCCACGGCGGCUUGUUGGUCUGGGGCUUGCAAAAUGGCUGCUGCCGCAAUGUCCAGCGCGAGUUUACGCGUCUUUUCGUCGGCGAUUUUUAGCGCCGGCACUGUCCAAGCCAGGAUUUUGUCAAUCGGGACGUCGGCAUACCCCAACUCUGCAACAAGCUCGUGAAUCAGCUCUAGUCGAGAUUUGUCGAGGGGCUCGUUGUCAAAGGCGGUUGCGAGCGAUGACAUCGUUUGCAGUCGCGGUGCUUUGGCCAGGCGCACGAGGCCUUGGAUGGCCUCCCGUUGGGUGCGCUUGUUCGAGUCGCUCAAUUUGGCGAGCAAGGACGUUUGGAGGGCGGAGAGCUGUAGCACCAAAGGAGCGUGCUGCAGAAGGCGUUUGUUCUUGGCUAUGAGCGGCGCUAGGACUCCAAGGACAUGUUGAAGACAUUCGAGCGAGCAGUACAUGACUGGGGCAACGCGGUCGACAACCCCACAGUUGAUGGCAGCCAGGGAGGCUGUGAGGACCGCGACAGGAGUUGGCGCCCCCGGUGCAGUCGGAUCCAGCUUCUUCGCAAACAGAGAUAUUGCAUCAAAACCGUCUUGUCGAUCGCCCCACGGAUCUGCGCCCAGGAGUCGCGCCACGCGCUCUCCAAACACAGACGUGAUUGCUGCGCCAGCGUCAAAGUCAGAGUCUGGCUUGGAUACCGACGUCGCUUCGGGGGCGGCAUCGGACGAACCCAAUCGUUCGUCCACGAGGUUGUCUGCAGCUGCCACGGCAUUCGCCGACGCCAAGAUCGGGGCGUCCUCGUUGAAUGUAGCCACAACGCGGGAUUUUCUCGGUUUUGCCGUAGGCGCGUCAGGACGGUCGUUUUGGUCGUUUGGCUCUGCGCGUUCCGUGACGGGUUGAAUGCUUGUGCGCUUCGAUGGUGACGAAGUCAACGUUUCGGACGACCGUCUUGUCUCCGGGGGCGAGACAAGGGUGUCGGGGGCGAACGACGAGGCAUGAUCUGUCGGUGAAAACUGGCGCUUCUUGGGCGACGACGUGGCAUGGAGUUUGGAUGGUGUCUUGCCGACAACGAUAAGGUCCGCCAAAGCCGGCGCACUCACGAGCAAUUCGUCGUCUUGGUCCUCUCCUGCGCUGUCCAAGUUGCACGGCUGGUCGUUGUUGGACAGGACAGUCUCGGAUAAUGUGGCACCUUCCAGAACGUCAUCGUCCCGUGGCUCGCCGUGGUCGACAGCGUUGACAUCGUCGUCGUCAUGCUGCUCCACGUUAACGUCGUCAUCGUCGUUGUCCUUGUUGGUAGACGAGUCGUCGUCCGUAGACGAGUCGAGCCGUGGCGUGCUGCCUUGAUUACACUGCUCAGAUUGCGGCGGUUGCAUGCCACGCAAGUCGCCCUCGUUGGGCGCUGCGUCCUUUUUCUUGGCCAGGGGGUUCGUGAACUUGGACUUGAGUCGGCCCAUGACGGUCUGUUUCUUCCCACCCGCCGCCGUCGCCGCUGUGUCCUGCUUGGCAACCACCGAUGGCAUGGCGUCUUUUGGUUGUUCGAGCACAACGAUACUGCGAUCCGCUGCAACGAGAUGGGGGAGUGGGCGGGCAGUCGCUGCGGCGGCACAGGUGACUCGGAGCUGAAUGCCUUCAGAAUUGCAC